AGUUUAAAAUAAAUUGUAUACAUAUAUAGGUGAAACUUAAAAAACACAAUUACAUAGAGUUGUUACGAGAGAAUAAUUUCUUAAGGAAAGUACAACGGUCAGACGCUGAAAAUGUAAAUUGACCUUAUCGAGAACUCGUAAAACAACAUAUAGCGAAACGUGAACAUAAAGGAUAAGGGACAGUGUUUCAAUCAAACUAGCCGCAAUAUGGCAUUGACUUGUACGAGGUUAUCGACUCGAACGACGAGACCAGUUGUGUUCUCGAGCGACGAGGAAUUGAAUGAAAUCAUCCUUAGCGAGUAUCAACAGGAAGCUGAGAAUACAACCCUUACAAUAACUUGCGAUAGCUCAAGAACUCGCAUAGGCCCUGAGACAAUAACAUGUACGAGGAUAGGAACAAAUCAAGUGGAUUGGAGACCUACUCCGAUACCCACCUGCGUUUUAACACAACCGGAUGUGACGUCUGUUACUGGUACACUGAACCAACAGCAACAGAUUAUGAUAGGUGCCAUCGUAGGAGGAAUUGUCUUACUGGCCAUCAUCAUUGGGAUCCUGGUUUAUAAAUUCUGCUGGCCUUUCAAAGAAAGGGUUAAGAGAACCACAAGAAUAAUUAAGCGGCAUCAUUAUCUUGAGGAAAGUAAACCGGAACCAAAACAGGAUGUCGUGGAAUAUGUACAAUCAUUGCCAGCCGAACCACCACCAUCUUAUGGUUACAUCAGGGAACCAGUAGCUCCCGAGCCAGUCCCAGCCCCUAUUCAAUACAUAGAAGCGCCGAUGCAAGUUGUACAAGCGCCUGUGCAAAUGGAACAACCUGUACAAAUGGUACAGGAGCAAGUAUUUCAACAGCCUGUCCAAAUGAUCCAAGAGCCGACUCAAAUGAUAUAUGAGCAGCCAAUGAGCGUUAUGCAAAUGCCGCAGCAAUCUAGACAAAUAGAGGCACCAAUGAUGUACGAGCAGCCAAUGACUGUAAUUCAGCCUCCUGUACAUAUGCCACGUCAAACUAGACAACACAUAGUCCAGGCGCCUAUGAUGUAUGAGCAACAGUCGAAUGUAAUGCAGGCCCCAUUGCAAGCACCAAUAGAAACGAGACAAAUAGUCGAGGCACCCAUAAUGUAUGAGCAAUCAUCGAAUAUGAUGCAAGCCCCUUUGCAGAUGCCGCGGGAAACGAGACAAUUAGUCGAAGCUCCCAUGAUGUAUGAACAACCAUUGAAUGUCAUGCAUGCCCCUGUGCAAAUGCCGCGAGAAAGUAGACAAAUAAUUGAGGUUCCCGAAAGGCGUUUUCAGUCUCAGAUGAUGGUUGUACCAUCUGUGGUACCCGAGGUCCAACAUGUGAGGUAUGAAAACCAUAGAAAUCAAAGGAAACCUCGAGUGAUAAGAAGGGAGUACAACCACCGACAGGUUGGCCCGAGUGUCCGGGCAAUAUCUGCCUCUGAACAUGCGAAUCUUAAACCAUCAAAAUACUUUGUACAGGAACCAAUGGAGGAAUUCGUGACAUAUGAUAAAAAUGGUCGUGGCAGGACGGCAUUGGAAACGAUGGGUCGCGAAGGACAUGAUGGCUGGCGCACUGUCGAGGCUCCUUUAAGAUCAAGAACACAGAGCUCUACCAAUAGUAACGUUUAUUAUGGCUCAAGACAAAGUGAUGAAUGGAAUACGUCGAGAUCACAUCACCCAGCGCCAAGCAGAGUUGUGGGAUUAGAAGAAAUCAGGGAUGUCGAUGCUAGACGAGAUGAUUAUCGACCAUACAGAUAGUUCAUAAAGCACAUCACAAGAGGGUUCACAAAUCAUCAUUUACCUCAUAAUAAUGAGAUACAGACACAAUAUACAACUCUGUAAAAUGAUUCGAUAUCAAGACAAGUGACUUCAAAGAUGCAUUCAAUGUGCCACGUUGACCGAUGGUUGACGAUAGAUACCAGAAGUAACCUUAAAGUGCAGGUUGGGCCUAAAUUGCCAUUUUGGGAGACCUGAUAUUUUAGCCUUCUCAUUAAUUAAUGUGUAUCACAUUUUAUUCUUCAUAAGAAUGUUUCGAUAGAUCACAGGAAUCUCAUUAAUUGACAUUUUUGGCUCGUUAGGGAAAUGGCAGAUGGAGUUAUUUAUGAACAGACUCACUCCUCAGCAAACAAACAAAUGUUAAUAAAGUAAUUCAGUUGUAAGUGUUCCAUUUCUCAAACAUAUCUUUAUUGUUCCUUUCAUAUUCUUACUAUGGUAUGAUGCGUCAUAACAUUGUAUGUUGACAAUUUCGUUUAGUUUUUACGUUCCUUAUCUUAUCUAGUUUUGUGAUGUCAUCCUUUACUUUCCGAUUUUAAUCAUGCGAGAAACGGAUCCGAAUUUUGAAUAAAUU